CAUCGGAAAUGAGCAAUGCGACACACACAGAAAAUUCCAUUCAUUUUUGUAUAUAAAGGGAAGAGCUUGUGGAGAGACUGCUCUAUGGUUUCCAAGCUUACCAAUCCGAGUCUUAAAAGAAAUCUACUCUGAUUUCUCUCCCUGAGGCACAGUAUGAGAACUCCAGUGCCUAGUAGUGUUACAAAGGGGAUUUGCAAUUCUCGUGAGGAGGAAAGCGAGCUAAGAAGAGGUCCUUGGACCCUUGAAGAAGAUACUUUGCUCACUCAUUACAUAGCUCGUCAUGGCGAAGGACGUUGGAAUAUGUUAGCAAAAUAUGCAGGACUGAAGAGAACUGGAAAGAGUUGCAGAUUGAGAUGGCUGAAUUAUCUAAAACCUGACAUUAAGCGUGGCAAUCUUACCCCUCAAGAGCAACUCUUGAUCCUCGAACUGCACUCCAAGUGGGGUAACAGGUGGUCAAAAAUUGCGCAGCAUCUGCCUGGAAGGACUGACAAUGAAAUCAAGAACUACUGGAGAACAAGGGUGCAAAGGCAGGCACGUCAGCUUAAUAUUGAGUCUAAUAGUAAGAGGUUCCUGGAUGCUGUUAGGUGUUACUGGAUGCCAAGAUUGCUUCAAAAAGUGGAGCAAAAUUGCAAUUCAUCAUAUCCUUUAUCAACCCUGGAUUCACAAACUCAUGUAAUUGCUUCUGCAUCAUCAACCAAUUUCACAGUUGACAAUUCUUCGUCAUCAGAAUCAUUUCCUCCACAAACCAAAUUGGCACAAUACUCAAAUCUUGCAAGUGAACAUUCAAGUUCAGUCACUAGCCCUAGUGUUCUCUCCACAGAUUCCAUGCCAAUCUCACGCCAGCCUGAAUUUCUCGAAAACCCGGCAAUUAUUAGUCCACCUCUACUUGAUAAUACAGUCAAUAACAACCUAAUUCUAAGUGACGGUUACUAUGUGGAGAACAGUGGCUAUCACAUGGACGGAUUCAAUCCUGCUUCUAUGCCUGAAAUUGGCACUUUUGGUGAUUCAACAUCAGAAUGCCAAAUGGCAGAAGGCAAUUGGGUAUUUGAUUAUGACAUGACGGAUACUCUAUGGAACAUGGAUGACAUAUGGCAGUUUAGACUUUAGAGAAAGGGAAUGAGAAGGCCAUAUAUCUAUAUACCAUCUAUAGCUCUGUGAUUAUGGUUAGGGACAUCCACACGUAUAUCAUCUUGACGCAGACAUCAUAUACUGAUUUGGAAUGGGUUUGCAAGGAUGUGUAAUGGAAUUAUAACUAGUAACUUACAUUUUGUAGUUCAUAAAGAAAAUACUCAUAUAUAUGGUUAGAAAUUAUUUA